GUAUAACUGGAACAAAAAAUUUCUACCCCACCUUCGGUUCAUUUGGGGAGUUCAGAGUCCAGACCCUAUUUCGUUCAUCGUCUUCAAGAAUCUUUCUGGCUUAAUCUACCUUCUUCCAGUUUAGGCAUUAUGGCGAAAAGGAGAAACAUAUAGGAGUUCUAUAGAGAGAAAUGAAUCUGCUUGUUUUACUUCGGUUAAUGUAAUUAGGCAUUUUAUCAGGAAGCUGUGAAGUCAUGGGUGAGUUUAGUAUUCAGAUUAGCCGCAACCUGGUGAAUAGCUUGGCUGGCAAUGACGAAGAUAAAUCGAAGAAAAAGACUAAAAGAACUAGAGCUAAGUCACCGCGAGUGCCUCAACAACAACCUCAAACUAAAGCAAACCAGAAGCAAGUUUCAGAUAACUUUGAGACACACAAGGGAUCGACCUCUACAGGAUGGCCACUCCAGCCUCCAAUGUUCUUGCCGGUACCCCCUACGGCAUACUCUUCUAGUGCAGAGUUGGAUGCAAUUCGAUCGGUCCUUCAAGAGAGUGAAAGAGUUGUGGAGAGGCUGCAGAAGCAGGAAGAUAACAUGGUGCAGGAAGUAACACAAAGAGCGAAAGAUCUCCGUGAUAAAGAGUUCAAGCUUCCUUACCAGAAGCCUUUGCCUUGUGUAGCUGAGAAUGAAGCUUGCUUAUCAUGCUACAAAGAACAUCUCAAAGACCCUCUGAAAUGCGCCCAUCUCGUUCGGAAUUUUGCUGACUGUGCUCGAAAAGUUAGGCAACAAGUGAGCUCAGCCCAGUAGAAUUUUUCCCAAGAAGAAAGUUUUGGGUCUCAAACACAAACUUGAGCCUUGUUUUUUCGUAGUUUUGGUCCAAAUUUUUUGUGGUGCAAAAUAAACCAAAACAUGGCUGGCAUCCCCAUCAUUGGGUAUUACUUGUUGUUCUCUCAUGUAUUAUCAUUUACGUUGACACUAUCUACCUUAUUGGCGUCUUACCAGUGUUCCUGAGCCAUUGUGAAAUUGUUGAUGAUUUUAUUGUUCUUUCGUGUUUAUUGGACUAGUCCGAGACAUUAAUGAGUUAAAUUCUCUUGAUUGGUAUCAACAAA